AUAUAAAUACCACCCUUUAAUUUGUCACAGUGAAUUUUUCUCGUUUUCUCUGUCCUUUUCGGAUCUUUCUUGGUGUCAGAGAAAAUGAAGUGACGCGGUCUACUGACUGAGAAACAAGAUAUAUAUAUGGAUACGUUGAGCAAAUAUUUAGAGCACAUAACUUCAACCCUCUAUACCUGCAUAUUGUUAUGGAAAGCCAAGCAACCGUUCCCCUUAGAAAACACCCCAAAACGACACCGUACAGGCAAAAGCCAAGCAGGACUUAAAACCCUAGUUCACUCAGAAGAGAAAGCACGCCCGAGAGUUGUACAUCGCUGCACAAUGGAGGAGGAAACCACGGAAUCAGAACCAUCACCGCCACCGCUAUCAUGGCUACGGUCACCGUCCUCGCCGGCGUUCCAAACCACCAUGCUGGGUGACGUGAUCGGAACGGAGAGCGGGGACUGCAUGAUAACCGACGUGGAGGAAUUGAGAACGGAAUCUGAGCCUCGGAAGACGAUAAUAAAGCGCAGAGAGAGGGGAAGGAAGAGGGAGUUUCCGCCACCGAUAACGCUGCUGAGAGAAACGGGAGAAAUGCCUUGGAGUUUGGAAAGGGAAUAUAGCGGCGACGGAAGGUUAAUCAUAACGGCAGUGCCGGAGACAGUAGUGAAGCGUGGUCACGAGUAUUGCAGCAUUAUGGAAGCUCGUCGAGAAGACGGGAGACUCACGAUGAGAUUCGUCCCAGAAGAAGACGGUGAUUACUGCGAAGAAUGUGGUUACGCCAUCGAUGAUGAAGAAGAUCUGGAAUUUAACCAAGGAUUUGACAGUGUUGAUGAUGAGGAUGAGUGUGGUUUUGAGUUUGAGGAAGAGUCGGCGAAGGAAGCUUCGAACGAGAGUGAGCGAUGUGGGAAAUUAGAUUUACGUGAGUGCGUUACAUAUGAUGGGCCUGGGCUUGGGCCUGUGGAGAUGCUUCAGCUUCCCCAUUCGGAUUCGGACCCUUUCUUGAAAGGUACUGGAUUUGGAGAUCUUAAUACCUGUUUGGGCCGGCCUGCUUCUGCACCUCUAAGGCCCAUGACUCCUGUCAUGUGAUUCUCAACUAUCCUGCCUACAACAAACACCCACUUGUGGACAAAAAGGUAAAAACAUGAAAAGGAAACUCGAACAGGGGUGGGCGAAGCCCAUGGAUGGUAGUUAGGUAGCAGUGUUUUGGUUCUCAACAUUUAUGUUCUACAUUUGUUAAGAAAUUAUGUGGAGAUACAAAUCCAUCGUUUGACGUUGGUCAAGAAAUGAGGGAGACUUUUUUGGUUGACCGGAU